CUGAUGAGGCACAUGAAUACCGUGAAGGGCUUCAGUCUAUCUUUGGAAUGCAAUCAUAUCAAGAACUAAUUUUGCAAGUAACCGGAGCCAACGCUUUACGCACAGGUGCCAAAAUACAAACCCUUUGGAGUGGCUAUGGCGAAAUAGUGAGAAUUCAUUUGGAAAACUGUGACCGUCCAUCUGUAGUCGUCAAACAUGUAAAGUUUCCUCAGGAGUCUGCGCAUCCAGGUGGAUGGAACACCGACAGGUCUCACCAGCGAAAGGUGCGGUCAUACCAGGUGGAAACGCAUUGGUACCAAAACUAUUCCACCAAUGACCGUUGCCGUGUUCCCGUUUGUCUUGCGGCUAGAUCAUUUGGGGAUGAGCAGGUGAUUGUUUUGGAGGAUUUAGAUGUGGCGGGAUUUGAUCAGCGAAGGACUAGUGUGAACGCAGGUGAGAUCAAUGCUUGCCUCAGUUGGCUCGCUAAUUUUCAUGCUCUCUUCAUUGGAGCUGAACCAAAAGGAUUAUGGCCCAUCGGUACAUACUGGCAUCUGGAGACCCGGCCCGAUGAGCUAGAGGCCAUGUCAGACCAACAGUUGAAAAACGCAGCCGGUGAAAUAGACAAGAUACUAAACAGCUGCCGUUUUAAAACCAUUGUGCAUGGGGAUGCUAAAUUGGCCAACUUCUGUUUUUCCGGGACGGGAAAUGGGGUGGCAGCGGUGGACUUCCAGUACGUGGGGGGUGGCUGUGGGAUGAAGGAUGUAAUUUAUUUCCUCGGCAGUUGUAUGAAUGAGAAACAGUGCGAAAAGAGGGUUCCAGACCUGCUGGACUACUAUUUCUCUGAACUGAGGGCAGCCGUUGAUGACCAAGUGAACUUCAAAGAUCUGGAAAUGGAGUGGAGGGAGAUGUUUGCGUUUGCAUGGACAGACUUUCAUCGUUUCCUGCUCGGAUGGAUGCCAGAGCAUCAUAAGAUUAAUAGGUACAGCAGGAAGCUUACUCAAGAUGUGCUGGCUAAGCUGAAGCAAACGCACUUGAAAUGAGGCUUUUGAUCACACAUUGCAUAGCCUAUGUGAACACUAAUGCAGAACAUUACUUAUUUUAAAUGAUAAUUAUUCUAAGUUUUCCUCGUAAUUUGGGCUAAAAAGGAAAAUAUUUUUUAACAUCCCAUUGAGCUGGAAUAAAAUGCCUAUGCCCAUUACACAUUCAAGUAUUGUUUUUCAAAAUCUACCUUUAUGGAGUAUGCAUCUGUAGGCUACCAAUGUUUGUCCAGCACUGAUAUUGCAACACAGACAGCCAGACAGUUCAAUUCUAUGCAUUACAUGGAUUGUCUCUUUUAUUGUUAUGUGUUUAUGGGCAUGAAAUAUGGUCAAGUGUUGUAGUUUAGAUGUAUUACAUUGCAGUCCAAAGUAGCCUAGUGGUUUGUCAACCGUGUUCGAUGCUCUGCAUUUCUUUCUUUUCUGUUUGUCUUAUACAAGGCCAAAGCGGUAGCCUACAUUCAGAGUUGCAGACAUGUGGACUGAGCACUAUGACCUACAACUAUUCUAUAUCUCAUGCUGAUAAAUGUAUACUGUGCUGUCACCUGGAGAAGAAAAAAGAAAGUGUAUGGCAAAAGUGAAUACAACGUAUGAGACAUAAUAAACAUGUUAUGAUCUA